AUGGACAAUCAACAUGAAAUAGAUAUGAAAGUGAAAGAUGAAACAGAUGCCGUGGCCAGGAAAAUGAGGGCCAUAGAAUCGAACAAAAAAUCUCUUUGGAUCUGCAAUUUUGGCGUUGAAUUCGGUCUCGCUCUCUAUCAUGUUCUUCUUCUUCUCACAGUCCCAAAGCACUAUCCGUAUUUCCGCAAUCAAUUCUAUCUCACAAUUUUUCUUGCAUUCUUGAACAUUAUCGCGACGAUCAAGAUGAAAAUUUCACUGCAAGUGGUUCAAGCGAUUCUCUCUAUCAUCCAACUCCUCUGGAUUUUCUACUGUUUCGCAACUGUCCCAAUAUUUCUCACUGCCAUCACAUCUACUCCAUCUGCUUGUGAUCGAGUGAUUCACUCGUGUGCCAAAGUUUUCAAUGCCAAUCUCUUCCAAACCAAGAUGACAAUCGGGCUCAUGUCUCAAGCAAUCUUCGCUAUCUUCCUCUAUGGUGAAAUGAAACGUCUCUGUAUCAUUCUGAAAUUCCGCUACAUGGCUCCAAAAUCAACUCACUAUCAGACCCAAGUCACCGAGAACAUCAAACCGGAAUCACCAUCAGCCAACGAACUUCCAGAGAAGAAUCCAAAUGAAAUUGUCAUUGUCGCCUAA